CGGCAUCUGGACGAGAGGAAGGGGGUCGCUCAUUGCGGUAAAAUACUCAUAAACAGUGACGAUAGCGGGGGGGCUUCUGUCUAAACACAGAGUACUGCGGUUUGUGAAAGACCGGGAUAUUAUUUAUUUUAAGGUGACUGUCCAACACAGAGAUGAAUUUUGAGCAGCCCCCUCCAUACCCUGGUAAUGCCCCCACUGCUCCAGGCUACCCAGGCCAAGGCCCUCCUCCACAAGGCUACCCACAUCAGGGUUAUCCUCCACAAGGAUACCCCGUGAACAUGGAACAGCCUAAUCCAGCUUACCCUAACUAUGCUGCUGGACCAAUGGGCCCUGGAGGCCCUUAUCCUGGGCCAGGGCAGCCUCCUUAUCAGGGAUACCCUGGACAACCACAGUUUGGCUGGCAGGGCGGUCCCCCUCCUGGACCUAUGUAUGGGGAAGCUCCCAAAAACACAGUGUACGUGGUGGAGGACAGGAGACGAGACGAUACAGGAGACACAUGCCUGACAGCCUGCUGGACAGCUCUGUGUUGUUGCUGUCUCUGGGACAUGUUGACAUAACGCUAUUCCCACAACAACCCCCCCCAUCCCCCGCUCGCCCCCCAUUUGUGUGCCUCGAAACUCUACCACCCCUUCCCCCAUCUGCCUUAAACCUCGCACUCACUCCUCCAUUUCCCUCUACCAGUCUUUUGCUCGUCUAUAAAUAAAAGCCUCGAACCCUUAAGGAAGUCUCCUCCCAGAGCCCCUUUCUGUACCCUGAUAUGAAGCCCACAGCACUGACUGACUGACCCUGUCCAGGGGCUACUCUGUAGCAGCUUGUAACUAAGCUUCUAGACAUCGCUAACCCUGAAUCUCAGGCUCUUCACUCUUAUCCGACACGACACACGACACAGACAGUACACACACAGACAAGGUGGAUACACAGUAACACAUGCACAUAUACAGUAUACUUGGAUCUCAGGCUGACCUAGUGUGAGGCUCUUUGGCACUUUAUGAUGAUUACCUCUGUAAGAUACUACUCCUGCCUGCCCUUUUAACCAUCUCUAACCCUCCCUGUACCACAUUCUAAUGCUACUUCCCAUCCUGCAAGAACAACCCUGUAUCCUGGACCCCCAUAGCCCUAAAAGCCACCAAGACCCUGGCUGCUAAUGAGCCACAGGGUGCUCUUAAGAAGCUGAUGCUUGAAAUGUUUCCCUUUCAUUUGCACAGAAGCUGACGUAUGUCUUCAGGUGAAAUCACAUGACAAUAAAUGGAAUGCAUUUUUGAAGAUGA